CAGGCUCCUCUGCUCCGUCUCGUGCCGCCCGGCGCUCCUCAGGCAGUUACUGUGAAUGUGUCCGUCACCACCACCACCACCACCUCCACCUGCGGUCCACCGUCCACAACAGGAUUCCCUCUGCAGUGUGAUGGCAGGUUAAAUGAUACACACACACACACACUCAGCCCUGCAGACACCGAAACUUCUACAAAAACGGACUGUAACUCCAGGAAAUAUGGACCCAACCUCCAACAACGAGAGGAAAAACACCUCCAGGACCGGUUCCCCUGAGGUUCCUUCACUGUAGUUACUGCUACAUCAUCACAUGGCUGGGAUUCAGCAGCUGCCUGUUAACUCUCUGACAAAUAUUUGCUGAAACUGUUCGUCUGAAAAAGCACCGAAAAAGAGAGAGAGAGAGAGAGAGAGAGAGAAAAAAAACCCUUGGCAUUGGCCUGUGAGACGUUUGUGUGUCUGUGGUGGGAUCUGUAAUCAUGGGGAAGGAGCAGGACCUGCUGGUGGCUGUGAAGAGUGGAGAUCUUCUUCUGGCUCACAAACUUCUCUCCAAAGUCAAGUGCAACAAAACUAAGUUGCUGGGCUCCACCAAGAGACUCAACAUCAACUACCAGGACUCAGACGGCUUCUCAGCGCUGCACCACGCUGCUCUGACGGGCACCACAGAGCUGCUGUCUCUGCUGCUGGAGGCCCAGGCCACGGUGGAUAUCAAGGACAUCAACGGCAUGCGUCCUCUCCACUACGCAGCGUGGCAGGGGAAAGCAGACUCUGUGUUGCUGCUGCUGAGAGCUGGAGCUGCAGUCAACUCCCCCUCUCUUGACGGACAGAUACCGUUACAUCUGUCUGCUCAGUAUGGACACUAUGAGGUGUCUGAGAUGUUGCUGCAGCAUCAGUCUAAUCCCUGCCUGAUGAACAAAGCCAAGAAGACGCCUCUUGAUCUGGCCUGCGAGUUUGGGAGGCUGAAGGUGGCUCAGCUGCUGCUGAGCAGUAACAUGGUGGCAGCGCUGUUGGAAGGGGAGGGAAGAGACGACAACAUGGAUGCACCAUCCAUCACUCCUCUCCACCUGGCAGCCAGGAACGGACACAAAGACAUCAUCAAGUUGCUGCUGAAAGCCGGCAUCGACAUCAACAGAGCCACUAAAGCGGGGACGUCUCUGCACGAGGCCUCCCUCUACGGCAAGACAGAAGUUGUGCGGCUUUUGCUUGAUGCGGGCAUCAAUGUGAACAUGCGCAACACGUACAACCAGACCGCUCUGGACAUCGUCAACCAGUUCACCACCUCCUCAGCCAGCAGGGAAAUCAAACAGCUGCUCAGAGAGGCGUCCAGCUCUCUCCAGGUCAGAGCAGUGAAGGACUACUGGAACCUCCACGACCCGACCGCCCUCAACCUCCGGGCUGGAGAGCUUAUCAUGGUCCUGGAGCAGCACUCAGACGGCCGCUGGAAGGGUCACAUCCAUGACACCCAGCGGGGGACCGACCGGGUGGGCUUCUUCCCUCCCUCAGUGGUGGAAGUGCUCAGCAGGCGAGCAGGGGGCACUCUCUCCCGACAAGCAUCCAAAUCUUGCCAUCGACAGCACUUUGCAUCCCGAGCACCUCCUCCCACAAGCAAUGGCCCCGCCCCUCAGGCUGAAGACUCACUGGGCUAUGAUCCCUCAGGUGACAGAAACAGUGUUGGCAGCUCGGGCAGUGUGGGCAGCAGCCGCAGCGCCGGCAGCGGUCAGAGCUCGGAGAGUGGACACAAACAGAACGGGAUUCAAAACCGCCACAACACCGAAAACGGCAAGCUGGCUCCCUCUGCUGGUGAAUCAGGAGAACAUCUCCACAACUCAGGAUCAGACCAAAGCAAACACGCAGAUGGAAGCACAGGGGGUUCCCGUCGGCAGGUCAACGGCACUCCUCAGAAAGGCUUUGUGAGGCCAGAGCACCUUCUGGAGGGCAAGGACGCUGAGGCCAUCUAUCAGUGGCUGUGUGAGUUCCAGUUGGAGCAUUACACCUCUAACUUCAUCAACUCAGGAUAUGAUGUACCAACCAUCAGCAGGAUGACACCAGAGAUCACUUCAGCCAGCAGUCAUGAAACCGUCACGGCUUCACUGUAA